GCAACACUCCCACCCCGAGGCCCAGUGCAGCCCCAGACCCCACCCCGGGGCCCAGUGCAGCCCCAGACCCCACCCCGGGGCCCAGUGCAGCCCUCCUCACUGCACCUCACCUCACCCCACCCCGGGGCCCGGCCGCUGCAAGCCCCGGCUCUCCCUCCCUCUCCAGCCCGGCCACACAGCCCUGCAGCCCGGGCCCGCCCUCACUCCACCCUCCCUCAUCACCCCGGGCCGAAGAACCGCUCACACCAUCCCGGGCGGAAUCCCGACCGAGCCAAAUCUGGGAAUGCCGUGCUAAUUCUGGCUUCAAAUCUGGGAAUAUCCCGAAAACGGAAAACCAAACGCCGAGCUGAUUCAUUCUGGACGGAUUAUCCUCAAAGUCUCUGGGAAAAACUGGGAAUACCGAGCCUGAUUUGGAGAACUGGGAAUGCCAGUGGAAUCUGAGAAGAUCGUCCCAAUCCCGGUGAGGCAAAUGGGGAUUACCGAGAUCAUCCUGAAUGGAAAACUGGGGAUACUGAGCUAAUCCAGGACAACGAAAAAAUAACCGGGAAAGCCAGCCAAUCAUCCCGAACGGAAAACGGGGAAUGACAAGCGAAUUCUGGGCGGAAAACUAGGAAUACUGUGCUAAUCAGCGAAGAAUUUGGAAUACAGGUUCUGAAUUUGAACGGAAGAUUGGGAAUACUGAAAUCAUUGUGGGCAGAGAAAGGAGAGCACUGUACUAAUCCUGAACAGAAAAGUAGGAAUAUUGUGCUAACCCUGGACAGAACGCUGGGAAUAGUGUACUGGGGAGCAGUUUUGUGCUAAUCCCGGACAGAAAACGGGUAAUAUAGUGCUAAUCCCAGUAAGGAAUUUGGGAAUACCGUGCUGAUCCCCAGUGGAAAAACUGGGAAUGCUGGUCUAAUCCCAGUGAGGGAUUUUGGAAAUAACAUAUUAAUUCCAGUCAGAAAACUGCGAACACCGAACAUCCCUGUGAGGGAUCUGUGAAUGCCGUACUAAUAUCAGUCAGAAAACUGGGAAUACUGAAUAAAUCCCUGUGAGGGAUUUGGAAGAACUGUCAUAAUCCUAGACAGAAAAUUGGGAAUACCAAACCAAUCCCAGUGAGAUAGCUGGGAAUACUGUGCUAAUCUCAGCCAAAGGAUCGGGCGCUCCGUGCUAAACCCAGCAGAAAGACUGGGAAUACUGAGCAAAUUCCAUCCACGGGGACUGGGAGAACCAAGAUAAUCCCCGUGAGAGAACUGGGAAUACCAAAAUAAGAUUGGACACUGGACUGACAAAGCUAAGGUAUCGGCUACGGGGCUGGGAAUAUACAUUUAUUCUGAGCCACAGGACUGGGAGCACCAAGCUAUUCCCAAGCAGGAAGCCAGGAGCACGAAACUGGGAACGCUAAAUUAUCCCUAGCAACAGGACUGGGAACAAUUUACGUACCCCAACGUACGAGACUGGGAAAAACAAUUUAUUUAUUUAUUUUUUCUCUUCCCUGCUGCUAGAAUCAGUCUUCCAAAUCCUGCAACCUAGUACCAGGGAACAGUAGCCACCACCCCCAGGGAGCUCUGGAGACUGGGAGCGCUCUGGCGCACACCGGAAUCGAAAAGUCGGGAAUUGAAGCAGGAAUCUAAAGCGUAACCUAGCAAAGAGAUCCCAGUGGUGCAUCGGGGGGAAAAACCCGGGAAACAAUCCGGGAAACGUCGCUAAUAAAAAGACUGGCUGCCGACUGGGAACACUGGAACCGGGCUAGUUUGGGAAAACUCGACGGGAGUCUACCGACGUUCCCGAACUGCGAUUUAAAAUUAAAAAAAAUCCCAGUGAGGGAGAAAAACGAACUGGCUUUUAGACUCGACGGAUUUUCUGAAAUGAGGACUGAAUUUUAGACCUGGUGCGGUCGGGAUCAAGCCAAAGUGGGAAGUCUCCGUUCCCCCUUUUAAAAAAAAUUUAAAAAUUCCUUUCCGUUCUCCCAAUCCGGGAGAUGGGAUCGGUGGGAGAGUGAGCGCUAGAGGCCCGGAUUUUUGUUUUCCCCCUCCUCCCCUCUCACACAUCCCUGAGCGGCAGGGAACGCCAGGAUUCUGUUGGGCUCCUCGGUUUAUGUGCAUCCCAUGGAACCCAAGGUGACGUCGCCGAUCACGGCGGCAGAGAAGGUCGACGGAUUCAGCCGCAAGUCGGUGCGGAGGGCGCGACAGAGGAGAUCCCACGGCUCAUCCCAAUUCCGCUACCAGAGCAGCCAAGUGGAGCUGACCCCCCUGCCCCUCCUGAAAGAUGCCCCAGUCUCCGAGCUGCACGACCUGUUCUGCAAGAAGCUCCAACAAUGCUGCAUCAUCUUCGACUUCAUGGACUGCGUGGCGGACCUGAAGGGCAAGGAGAUCAAGCGGGCGGCCCUCAACGAGCUGGUGGAGUGUAUCGCCACUGGCCGUGGACUUCUCAUCGAACCCAUCUACCCGGAGGUCAUGAAGAUGAUCUCCGUCAACAUUUUCCGGACCCUUCCGCCGAGCGAAAACCCGGAGUUCGACCCAGAAGAGGAUGAGCCCAAUCUAGAAGCUUCCUGGCCCCACUUACAGGUGAGAG